CAACCACUUCCCUCCUCUGAACUCGUGCCUGUGCAUCCACUCCCCCAACAACCCAAACCAUCACGAACGAACAUCUGUACCACAUCCGACAUCAUGGAGGACCUUUAUUACCACUUGUGGGAAAAGAAAAUGGUCGUUGUCAAGAGCGUUACCAUCCCUGUACCUCUGCCGGAGUUGAUGGAGCAGCAGCCCGGAUACGGUGUCGACCCAGCGCAUGUUGUGACCGCAGACUUCCCUGGUCCCGAGCUCACAGAAAAUGUACAGGAACAAGAGUUCAAGGUACUCCAGGCUGGGGCAAUGCUUCCCUGCGGAAGCGAUGUGUUUCUUGUACGGUCUGAGUAUGAUAUACUUGAUGGUCUCUUGGCAGAUGCGGUGGCAAAACGAUGGUCCGACGGCAGCCAGCCGUUGGAAGGAGCCAACCUAGACUUCAGAGUGUCUGGUGAUCGCGGCACAGGUAUGGUGUAAUUAUCAGAUUCAUUUUGGGCCACUACUCUGACUUCUGAGAAGGAAAAUCAGUUUUUCUUUCUUACAUUCUUGCACGUAGGCUUGCUAUGGGUCUGCCAACCGUUUAUCGUGAGGAUGACCUAAAGUGUUUUCUCUUCGACCAAUACAGCUCGGGGAAGCAGGUCAAUGCCGAUACUCUGUUUGGCCUUCCGAUCGAUCAACAACAACAGCUCUGGAUUCUCACGGACGAUCCGCCUACCGAUCACCGCUGGAGCCGUUCAGGUGGUUGGUUUGUAGUAUUGGCUGCUGCAACAGAAGAUAUGAAAUUCGCUCGCGCAUGGGAGACCAAGAGAAAUGUUGGCGUGCACGCUAUGACCCAUUGGAAAUGGAGUGAAAUAUUCGGUGCUUUCUGGUAUUAAUCGUGCCUAUAUAUAAGAUGGGUUAUUAGUUGACACAAGUAUUCUUCGAUAGGUUACUGAGGCCGGACCCCCCUACUCCCAGUGAGAUUGGAAAACUAUACACAACCUUCAUUUGCCUAGGCCCAGUGGCGAGGACAUGCUUGCAAUCGAUCCCCGUCACCCCUGAUUCCGCAUAUAAUGGGAGUCUGAGAUCGCAUCUGGGGUUUGCGGAUACCGAUAUGCAAAACUUCCUUACCUGCGGAGCCUACAAGAACAUACUGGCCAGCAUUGCGGGGCUUCCGUUUCUCGAUUCACGCGUCAUGGAACCUGCUGAACACGCCUUAUUCUCUUGCGCAAGAAUUUACACAAGAUGGCUAGCCCACCGGCUAUUUAGAAUGGUUGUGGAACGGUCUCAACGAAUUGGAUUUGGAUUGUACCCUUAUUUCGCACGCCACCAAUCCCUGCGCAGCCUCAGUGGAUGGACCUUUGAAGGGUGUGUCCAAUACGUACUCAAUCACGGGGGCUCCUUCAAUGCCCAAGAGCUUCCAAUCAGAAACGAUAACUCCCCACCAUUUACAUUCACGAUAAAAAAGAGUCAGUCACCCGGCCUUCAUUAUUUUACCACUGCAGGCCAAUUAGCCCAGCAGGUUCAGGAUCCGGAUAGCGGAGGGAUCACGCCAGCCACGAUCGGGAAAUAUUUCCUGCCAUACACCUGGAGACCGGAGUCCAUUGAUGGACUUAUCUUCAGUCAUUUCGACACCUUGAUUCUAGUCCGGAUUGCGAUCGGUGAUAGUCUUACAAUCGAUUUCCAGGAGCUUUGCGACCUCCUCUGUGCCUUGCCCACUACUAUCAGUAAGAUUAAUAUUGUCUUUGUUCUCCCAGAGGCUGAAACUAGACCUGGCUCUGAUUUCAUGCGCAACCCUGGGCCCCAAGCUGUUAUUCCAAAAAUAGAUAGUUUAAUCAUUCAUCGGUUCCAGUGGGUAUGUACGUAUGAUGAUAUGCAAGCAGUAGCUCUCGAUUGACCCUGCUGGUGACUGGAGGUCUCUUGUGGUGGGCGUGCUGGGAUGGAGGGAUGGGUGAAUACUAUGAUGAGGAAUAAUAUUAUCGUAUGGUUCCGGAAGGCUAGUCACUAUACCAACUUUCACACCAAAAAUGUGACGAUUCCUGCUGCAACGGCAACCGUAACACUAUGUUAAACGUUUACCCUACUGCCUUAAGUUGAAAACCUUGACUGUCUAAAUCAAAAAUGUGAGUUAGAAAUUAAAUAAAUAUAUAUAUACCAG